AUGUACGAUUGGGGACUUACGUUCGGACAAGAGGUUGAACUGAUCUGGCUUGUAUUUUUAAGUGUGGCUAGCAAGUUGUACUGGCGUGAACAUAUCCUAGCCAUCUCUGACGAUCAGAAUUGCCAUGUUGGUCAGUCUUCCAACAAUUUCGAUGACAGAUGCAACCUUGUUAUAUUCGACGCAGUUAAUUGGACGGCUGAGGUUGUAGAUGUAAUACUUAGCGUCAUCAUGAUCACUCGGUUACAUGCCAUGUAUCAGCGAUCCAGAAAGGUGCUGAUAUUUCGUGUGGUCAUCUUUCUGGCCAUCGGAAUCGCCAACGCAGUAACGCUCGCAAUACAGAUGAUGCAGAUUUCAGGGGUACCAGAGGAAUUGAUUCUCUCCGGCACAUAUCCGUGCCAGGAUGGCUAUACGGGAGAUAUCCUACUUUUGAUGUCCAUGACUUGGAUACUUGCCACUGUAUGGGAGGUCUUUCAAGUUGCACUGUGUCCCGGUCUGGAUUACUUCCGUGAACUGCGACGACACUCAACAAGAGGUACUAUUGGGGACUGUUUCACGGUAUUGAUGAAAAUUCCCAUGAAUUACUUUGCAAGCUUUCUCUUGCCUCCGGAUCGGUUUACUCACUCCGACGCUCUCAGCGGACCUAUAUUCCCUGGACACUCAGAUUUAUCUUGGUCUCUCUCAGAUAUUCCACUUCGUGCAGUUGCUUGUGCUGGGACCACGCCUGAUCAUCGGUGUUCGAGAAUACCACGCUAA